AUGCUCCCGGGAGCAGUGGAGGCCCCGGACUGGCAUUGGGACAUGCAGCUGACAGGCAGAGUGCUGCUGUCGGCCGCCGCCCUGCUCCUGGUGACCGCAGCCUACAGACUGUACAAGUCGAGGCCUGCCUCGGCGCAGCAGGGGAGUGGCAAUGCCAAGGCCAAGGCCGAGGAGGAAGCAGAGGGCUCCGGGCAGCCUGUCGUCCAGGGGGCUCCUGCAGGUGCACGGCAGACGGGGCCGAGACGCCGGAGGGUCAGCCAGGGCGGCAGCUGUGAGGAUCCAGGAGUCCUGGCCUCGGAAGCUUCUUCCAGAGACGGGAGGCCCCAGAGCAAAGGCUCCAGGGAGGAGCCGCCGGGCAGGUGGCACCCAGACUCGGAGCAGGUGCCUCCUCGCUUCCGUGGCCGCGAAGCAGGAACAACGGUUGGCGGUAAGCCCAGCCCUCCCCACUGCCUCCCGCCGAGCAGUGAACCCGAAAGCUGCCCAGCUGGACUCGCAUCAGCGGCCGCGGACGGCAGCGGUGUGGGUGGCGAGCCUGUUCCCCGGGGGGGCGGCACGGUGCCGGGGCAGCCGGGGCCAGGGGAGCGGGAACCCUGCCGCCAGCAUUGCAUGGCCCCUGCAGCAGGCCAUAGUGACAUGAAUCCGACCUGGGUCUUCACCCGCGUGACGGGGGUCAGCAGGGAAGAGGCCGGGGCCCUCCAGGCGGCGUCUGACUUGGGCCUGGCCCUGCACCAGCAGGAGGGCGCUACCGACGCCUCCUAUACCUUCUCGUCGGUGGCUCGGGUCCGCGUGGAGGAGAAUUUCAUUCAGCAGGUGGAGGGGAGGGGGCUCGGGCUGAAGGGCAAGGUGUACGAUUACUACGUGGAAUCCACCUCGCGGGCCGUGUCCAGGCGGGCCCCCCAGACAGCAGCCUUGACUGAGGCUCCUCCCCCAGGGGCACUGCCAGGCCCCCCCAGAGCAGGGGUAGCCUCCAGAGGCCCGGAGCAGAACACGGAAGAUGGAGCGGAAGCAGCCGCCUCCCCACCGCCUGUGCGGGCGCCCUCCGCACGCGGCUUCAGCAGGAAGGAGAGCCUCCUGCAGAUCGCCGAGAACCCAGAGCUGCAGCUCCAGCUCCGGAGCUUCGCUGCCCCGGCUCCGCCCAGCCCAGCCCAGGACGCCGAGGCCGGCUCAGCCGGAAGCAGCGGCGAGCCCCACAUGCAGCUCGUGGCCGGGACCAAUUUCUUCCACGUUCCGCUCACCCCCGCUUCGGCCCCAGACAUCCGCCUGGAUCUGGGCAAUUGCUACGAGGUUCUGACCUUGGCCAAGAGGCAGAACCUGGAGGCCCUCAAGGAGGCGGCCUACAAAGUGAUGAGUGACAACUACCUCCAGGUGUUGCGCAGCCCGGACAUCUACGGCUGCCUGAGUGGGGCGGAGCGGGAGCAGAUCCUCCAGCGGCGGCUCCGCGGCCGCAAGUACCUGGUGGUGGCCGACGUGUGCCCCCAGCGCGACGCAGGCCGCCUCUGUUGCUAUGACGAUGCGCAGGAUGCCUGGCACCUGCUGGCCCACUUGCCCCCUGAGGCUGUGUCCCGGGGCUGUGCCAUCUGCAGUCUCUUCAAUUAUGUCUUCGUGGUGUCCGGCUGCCAGGGGCCGGGACGCCAGCCCUCCAACCGCGUCUUCUGUUACAACCCCCUGACGGGCAUCUGGAGCGAGGUGUGCCCUCUGAACCAGGCCCGCCCGCACUGCCGGCUGGUGGCCCUGGCCGGGCACCUGUACGCCAUCGGGGGCGAGUGUCUGAACACCGUUGAGCGCUACGACCCUCGGCUGGACCGCUGGGACUUCGCCCCGCCACUCCCCAACGACACCUUCGCCCUGGCGCACACGGCCACGGCGUGCGCCAACGAGAUCUUCGUCACCGGGGGCUCCCUGCGCUACCUGCUGCUCCGCUUCUCGGUCCGGGAGCAGCGCUGGUGGGCCGGCCCCACGGGGGGCAGCAAGGACCGCACGGCCGAGAUGGUGGCGGUCAACGGCUUCCUCUACCGCUUUGACCUCCACCGCAGCCUGGGCAUCGGCGUGUACCGCUGCAGCGCCAGCACCCGGCUCUGGUACGAGUGCGCCACGGCCCGGACGCCUUACCCGGACGCCUUCCAGUGCGCCGUGGUGGGCGAGCGCAUCUACUGCGUGGGGCCCCGGCGCACUCUCUGCUUCCUAGCCGACCACAUCUCGCCCCGGUUUGUGCCCAGCGAGCUGCAGAGCUUCCCCGCCCCCCAGGGCACCCUCCUGCCGACCGUCCUGACCUUGCCCGCCCCUGAUGUGCCUCAGACCAGCGUCUAGCAGUCCCCCUGCCGGGCUCCUUGUGCCAAACCAGGAGGCAAGGAGUGGCGCCCGCCGGACCCGUCACUCUGUGAGCUGCGCCUGCGCCAUCAGCUGCCCAGGAAUUCGGCCAUCAGGAGGCGAAUCCUGAUCCUCCCUCCUCACUCGCUGGGGGGUCUCGGAGGCGUCGUCACCCUUGGUGGGCUGCAGGGUCCACUGUGGAAGACAGGAGCCCGGGCCUGGGGCCCCUGGGCAGAAGGCAUCACGUCGCUCUGUAACCUUGCUUCAGAUCUGGAUUUCCGGGUUGAGGGGGAGAGCUCAGGGGCCUGGGGGCCCCUUCCAAAGCCUGGGCCGCUGGGCCCCAGCUCGGUGGUUCCCAGAGGCCCCUGGAACACACCAGUGGGGGAAAAAUACCAAGGCAGGUGGCUCUAGCAGGACCAGGAAGGAGCCCGGGCCAGGGCGGUGGGGGCUGAGGAGCAGAACAGCGCAGGCGGAAGCAGCCCCCGGGGACUGUGGCUUGCAGGGCACAUUGACCAAAGCCGGCUUUUCUUCUGCUCAUUACCUGGACGGAAGAGAAGCAUCCACUUUAAUGAGCCCUCUUCCUGGAGAGGUCUGUUCAGAGUACAGCUCGCCCCGUAAAUGAGGUCUCCGGAGCACGAGGGGAAGACCCCUCUGAGCCCGGCCCAUGCCCGCUGCACUGGGCCUGGGUCUCAGGAUCCAUCCGGGCAACCCAGUCCUCCUGUCCAGAAGCUGGGACACCACCACCACUCGGCACCCCUGUGCCGUGGGGUCGUCACUUGCCCCCUUCGGACAGGAGAGCGGCGCACGAUGGAGCUCAGGAGCCCCGGAGCCCAGCCGCAAGCCAGGGAGGUGGGAGGAGCACCAGGGCAGGGCUGGCAAGGCCAAGUUCAACACUCGGGCCUGAGAAUCUCCCAGGAUCCCACGGGGGUGGGGAGGGUGGCUUCAGCCAAGACUCAGAGGCGGCGCUGGUGUAGUGGCAGCAGCCUGGGCCAGUGGCGGCGAGGGGAGGGGGAUGUUUGAGAGGAGAGCCAGUCAGGGAGCUGGGGGCGGGUAGAGC